GCCGGUAACAGCAGAAGCACAUCCAGGCUUCUAAACAAAUUCCUAAAAAAAAAGAUUCUAAAAAAAUGGCAGAAGCAUAUCCGAGGAGCCAGGGAGGAGAAGAAGAAGGUCUGGAAGCAACACCUACACGGAACUGGCUGUAGCAAGCAGAAAAUUAUCGGUUUAUCACCUAUCGAGCUCCCGCGAGAGACCAUGGGAAGCGCAGGAGCGCUGCUCUCCCGCCCGCCACCGCAACUCGGCAGUAUCCUCCUCCGUCGCCACCACAUCUCCCUUCCCCAUCUGUCCUCAUGCACGCCCGAGCCCCUCCACUGCCGCCGCCGGCACCUUCGCUGUUCCGCCGUUGAGGGGAGCAGCGGCCAGGACACGAAUUUGCCAGCGUCUCAAAGAGAAGAGUCUCCAUCGAGCAGCCUCGGCGCCACCCUCCAAGAUCCACUUGCAGGACGUGUCGAAAAUGGUUCUUUUGAAGAUGUCACACAGGAAGAUCAGAGUAGUCUAUAUAAUUUUCUUUAUCCAAGCAAAGAGCUACUUCCAGAUGAUAAGGAAAUGAGUAUAUUUGAUCAUCUAGAGGAACUUCGUGCGAGGAUAUUUAUAUCUGUAUUGGCUGUUGGAGCUUCAAUAAUUGGUUGUUUUGCUUUCUCCAAAGAUAUAAUUAAGAUUCUUGAAGCGCCUGUUAGUGUUCAGGGUGUCCGAUUUUUGCAGCUCUCCCCUGGAGAAUUUUUCUUUACAACAUUGAAGGUUUCUGGUUAUUGUGGCCUCCUAAUCGGAAGUCCUGUAAUUUUGUAUGAGAUCAUAGCAUUUGUUCUCCCUGGUUUAACCAAGGAUGAGCGGAAAUUCCUAGGGCCCAUUGUUUUGGGUUCUUCAGUUCUGUUCUACCUUGGCAUUUUAUUCUCCUACACUAUUCUUGCUCCAGCGGCAUUGAACUUUUUCGUGAAUUAUGCCGAGGGAGCGGUGGAAUCGAUAUGGUCAAUAGACCAGUACUUUGAGUUCGUACUUGUGCUUCUGUUCAGCACAGGGUUAUCUUUUCAGGUGCCUGUGAUCCAGCUGUUGCUGGGGCAAGUUGGAAUUGUUUCCAGUGAACAAAUGCUCUCAAUCUGGAGGUAUGUUGUUGUUGGCGCGGUGGUUGCUGCGGCUGUGCUUACGCCCUCGACUGAUCCCUUGACUCAGAUGCUCUUGGCGGGUCCACUGCUUGGUCUGUACUUGGGUGGUGCGUGGAUGGUCAGGCUAACUGGGCGCUAACUGCAACAAGCAUUGUAGGGAUUGGGUAUUCUGUGUUAGUGUACUACUAGAAACCAUAGCCGAGCCGUGGUGAUUGGUCCGAGUGGUCACCGUCCCCCACUGUAACAGUCUUGUGUAAAAUUAACUCGGCUCCUUCUCAUCUACGAAUACAUUAUGAUCAUUGCUACGAA